UGAUAUUAAUCAUGUAAAUAACAAAGGUUUGAAUGCUUUAAUGGUUGCAUCAUGUAAUUCACACGACAAAGUAGUAGAGCUACUUAUCACUAGCGGAGCUGAUAUUAAACGCGUGGAUAAAGAUGGAUGGGAUGCUUUAAUGAUUGCAUCACGUAAUUCACACGACAAAGUAAUGCUUGCUUCACAGAAUGGACAUGACAAAGUAGUAGAGUUACUUAUCAACGGCGGGGCUGAUAUUAAACGUGUAAAAGCAGAUGGAUGGGAUGCUUUAAUGCUUGCAUCAAGACAUGGACAUGAAAAAGUAGUAGAGUUGCUUAUCAACAGCGGUGCUGAUUUUAAAAGAGUGGAUAACGAUGGACGGGAUGCAUUAAUGCAUGCAUCAAGUGAUGGACAUGAAAAAGUAGUAGAGUUGCUUAUCAACAGUGGUGCUGAUUUUAAAAGACUGGAUACAGAUGGAUGGGAUGCUUUAAUGCUUGCUUCAGGGUAUGGACAUUACAAAAUAGUAGAGCUACUUAUCAACGGCGGUGCAGAUAUUAAACGUGUUGAACCAGAUGGAGUAGAUGCUUUAAUGAUUGCAUCACUGAUUGGACAUGACAAAUUAGUAGAGUUACUUAUCAACGGCGGUGCAGAUAUUAAACGCGUGGGUAAAGAUGGAUGGGAUGCUUUAAUGCUUGCUUCAGAUAAUGGACAUGACAAAGCAGUAGAGUUGCUUAUCAACUGCGGGGCUGAUAUUAAACGUGAUCGGAUGCUUUAA